UAAACGUUUUAAAUUGACGAGGUCACGGGUUAGUUUUCGCUGUGCAAUUUAUACUUUGUGUCCCUUUUCAUUCCCCUUUUACUCUCUCACUUACCUGUGUUUCUUUUGUGCCCUUUUGCACAUGAUAACAUUUCCAUUGCAAAUUGUUUACUACAAUUGUGACCAAUACACGCAAACUCGACUCAAAAUCUGUAUUAUAUAUACAGUACACUAUAUAAAGUUAAUCUAUUUAAAAAAAUUAUAUCUUUUGUUUAUAAUCUUUUUUUUUGUUUUCUCUCUCAUCUUUAAAAAAAUCAAAUUUAUAUCAUCAUGUCUAAUGGAACUGAGGCCAAGCCUGAAGAGGAAAAUACUGUUAAAACUCAACGAUUUACUUACUCAAAGGAGGAACUUAUCGCUAUAGCAAAGCAACCUUACUGUAAAAAGCGACCCAAAUGUCUUGAUCCGGACUAUGUUAAUAAAGGAGGUCUCUGGGAUCCAGAUAUUUGGAUGAACUAUAAGAAUCCGUCAAAGAACCCAACUCCAUCCAAUCAAACUAGUACACGCGAAUUUGACCAGUCAGCUAUUGGUUUAAAUAAUAAUAAAUCUAUCCGAGGUCCACCUAAACGAAUAAACGGUGAAAAUGGGGACAAAGAAAACUCUUUAAGGGGUAAUAAAGAUCCUCGUGAUCGUGUUAAAGAAGAAUCUCAAGAUGAUAUUGUCUUAAGCCCUCAAAGACGCAGUUUUGGUACAGGGUGUCACAUAGUUCCCGUUAGAAGUGAACAACCAGUUCAAAAUAGUGCUCCACCCCAGCGCACCGCUCCUGUUGUAAAGGUUAAGAACAAUGUUCAUCAACAAGAUCGACGUGAGGAACCAAUUCUUCUAAGGAAUGAUACAGCUAUUAGAAGAAUAGGAUCUGGUCGUGUAAUGAGUCAACGUGAUAAUAAGUCAACAUUGGAAUGGUCCAAGUCACGGGAAGAAGAAAUAGAAAAUAGACGGUCAAACAUGCGAUAUAAUACUACUAAUAAUAGUAAUAAUAAUAACGCAGGUAGAUAUGACUAUGAUAGAAGGUCUUCCAUGCAUAAUAAUAAUAACCGUAGGUAUGGUCAUCAAGAUCGUCGUGAUCAUAGACACCACGAAGAAGAAGAACCAGAAUGGUUUACAGGUGGACCAACAAGUCAACAUGAUACUAUUGAGCUUAAAGGUUUUGAAGAGGAGAUGCCUGAAGAAGAUGAAAUUGAGUUAAGAAGACGACAUUUACAUCAUAAUCAUAAUCACAAUCAAUAUUUUGGUCGAAAUCAAAAUCAAUCAAAUGGACCAGAAUCUAGUGGACAGAGUUGUGGUAAUGAUAAUUUUGAAAAUGACCCCUCUACAAAUGUCAUUGAAGGUCAAGCAUCUGGUUCAAAAGAGGGUCAAGAAUUUGAUAUCAAUGAGAUGUUUAACUUUGAAGGUUGGAAAAACGUUGUUAACAUGGGUCCAGAUAAUCCAUCUACAUCCAUUCCCGAAUAUCCUGACACGUUGGUACCAGGAGAGAAUCAAAAUGUUGGUGGAACCAGUAGAUUUGCUCAAUGGUUUAGCGUUGGUAGGAAUGAAACUGAAAGUCCUAUUGAUAGGCUACUUCAAAAUGCUACUUUUUCAUCUAAUUAUAAUUCUAACUCUAAUUAUGAUCAUCGUCGUGCAUCGGUACAAGAUAUCGAAUCUGGUGUUUUCCACCAUAACAUCAAUGGUAAUAUGGAAAAUGGUUUCCACAGGAUUGAUCCCAGUGUAUUAGGAUUACGUAAUUCUGAGUCUAACAAUCAUAAUCUCCUUAAUGGUAAAGAAAAUGGUGAUGGUUCACAUCAUGAUGGUCCAGUCAACAAAGGAAAAGAUUUACUCAGUCUUUUCAAGAAAGCUAAUAUAAAUGUUAACGAUUUGAUGCAACAACAAGCUGCACUACCAACAGUCAAAUUUGAACAUGCUAGAAGCCUUGAAGAAAUUGAAGCUUCUCUGAUAAAACCUGAUGAAAACCAGCACGAAAGUAAUGGUGAAAGUAGUGAUUUUAACAGAUUAAUCCUCAAAGCAUUUGCAAACCGAGGAAAUCAAAUGAAACCAGACCCGUUAACCUCAUUAUUCAAUGGUAUUGGUGCUGUUAAUCGAGUACCACCAAUACCUAAUAUCAUGAAAGUGCAAACUGAAGAUCAGAUUCUUCAACAACUUCAUCAACAUCAGCAACUCCAAAACCACCACCAACACCAACACCACCAGCAACAACAGCAGCAACACCAACAACAACAACACCAGCUACUACAACAACUUCAACAGCAACAACAUCAACAGCAAAUAUUUCAAAAGCUACAACAACAACAACAGCAACAACAAAUUCUUCAACAACUCCACCAACAUCAACGCCACCAGCAUCAACAACACCACCAACAACAGCAGCAACAACAACAACAACAUCAGCUUCUUCAACAACUACAAAAUCAGCAUCAAGUUCAACAAAUGCCACAUUUCCAGGUGAAAAGUAAAACUGAUGUUCUAAAUGUUACACCGAAAACAGGAGCGGGUAAUUUCUCAGCAUUUACUCCAACUUCUGUGAUGCGAAAAUUUGCCUCAGAAAAAGACAAAGAUGCGAUGCGUAAGAAGAACAUGCAAAAAUCAAUGAAAAUCAAUUGAUAAAUUGUAAAUUAAAGAAAAACAAAACUAUUGGCAUUGAAA